CGGCGGCGGUUGCGGGGCGCGGGCGGAGGCGCUGCCGGUCCCGGUGGCGGUGGCGGUGGCGGCCCCGGACCGAUGCCGCCAUGGCCCCCGCGGCUGCCCGGCCCCGCGCCGCCCUCGCCAUCGUCCUGCUGCUGCCGCUCGGAGCCCUCGCAUCCAAAUGGCUCCCCCAGAACGCCAGCAAGGCUGAGGGCAGAGCCUGGGAGGGUUCCCUGGGGAGCAGCCCCCCAAGAUGGGACCCAUCGAGCAGAGAUCCCCUGGGGGGACCCAGCAACGGCACCAGCACUGGGGGGGUCACAACGAGCGGCGAACCCCCAGCAAGACCCCAACUAGACCCCCCUGGGGGGGACACGGCCGCCACCACGGACCCAGCGAUGGCGGAGGGGUGCGCGGGGUGCGCCGGGGAGGGCGAUGCCAGCGCUCUGCCCCCAAAGAUGGAGGAUGGCCAAGCUGCCGUCACCUGGCCCGGCGAUGGGGGCACGGUGGCAGUGGCACUGGGCAGCCCCGAGGAGCCGGGCAGUGGGGAAAGACCUACACGACCCUCUCUGCCCAGCCCGGGGGGUUUCGAGGGGCUCACAGCCGCCCCACCGAGCGCCCCCAGCUCGCAGCUCGCCACCGACUCGGCCGAAUCCGACCUGCUGCUGACGGCCGGGGGCUCGGCCGCCCCGCGGACCCCCGUGCUGGGCGAGCCCAGCCUUGUGCCAGGUGCCGCGGGGGACUCGGGGCGCCCCCCGGAGCUUUGGGGGGCCACAUCCAGCCCGGCCCCAGCGCAGGGGGCUCGCGGGCGGACGGAUCUGACCUGGCUGGAGGAGCCCAUCGCCGUCACCCCGGGCCCGGCCCAGCGGCCGCUUGACCGGACGGCGUCCGACAUCAUCGACGUCGACUACUACGACCUGUUCGAGGGGGCAGAGGGACUGGGGGGCUUCCCCGGGGGCAGCCGGGGGCCGGCCGGCUCGGCGCGGCGGCGGGAGCCGGAGGAGGCGGCCACGCCGUGGGCCCUCCAUGAGCUCUACGAUGACUUCACGCCCUUCGACGAGGCCGAUUUCUACCCCACUACCUCCUUCUACGCCGACGGAGACGAGGACGACGAGCUGGAGGAGGAAGAGGAGGAAGAGCUGGAGGAGGAAGAUGGGCUGGAGGAUGAGAAUGGUUACCGGCCGCCCUCCUCGGCCGUGCCCGGUGUCCAACCGGCACCACGGGAUCCCCGACCCACCGGCCGCCGCGACAUGGCCCCGCUGCAGCCGUCGGAGGUGACGGGGGUCAGCCCCACGGCGCGGGCACGGCCCGGGGAGCGGGGCCAGGCGGAGAACGGCAGCGAGUGCCCGAGCGGCUACGUGAGGCACAACAGCUCCUGCCGCUCCCUCUGCGACCUGGUCCCCAGCUACUGCCACAACGGCGGCCAGUGCUACCUGGUGGAGAGCCACGGGGCCUUCUGCCGGUGCAACACGCAGGACUACACGUGGCACAAGGGGACGCGCUGCGAAGCCAUCGUCACCGACUUCCAGGUGAUGUGCGUGGCCGUGGGCUCGGCCGCGCUGGUGGUGCUGCUGCUCUUCAUGCUCACCGUCUUCUUCGCCAAGAAGCUCUACCUGCUCAAGACGGAGAACAGCAAACUGCGCAAGACCAAAUACCGCACCCCGUCCGAGCUGCACAACGACAACUUCUCCCUCUCCACCAUCGCCGAGGGCUCACACCCAAAUAGAGAAGAGAAGGGCUUUGCAGAGCGGGCACCGGAGGAGGAGCAGCGUAGGUCCCUCUAGCCCCUGCCCUCCCCGCCGCCGGCUGUCCCCAUCUUCUGACCACGUUUAGCAGCCGUAGCCUCUGUCCCAGCCUGGCCACCCUGGCAGGAGGCUCCUGGAGCCAGCUUGCUCCCUACUGCGGAGAGGAGGAACCUUGGGAUGAACUUGGUGCUGCUCCUCAACAUCUCCCCGGGGUCUGAGCUGUUCUUGUCCCCUCCGGCACGCGGAGGGCUCGGUCCUGCAGUGGCGCACGGCACCUGGGGUGCAGUGUAAGGAGGAUGAGGAGGGGACAGCGGGGUCCACACCCCAGGAAAGGUGCUUCUGGGGACACGUGGUGCAGCCCCUCUCUGCUAAGUGAGGAGGGUGGGUGCCCCUGCAGAGGUGCCCAUCUGAUGGGACUUGCCGUGGAGCCGAUGAUGUGACCCUGGACCAGCCGGGCACCGCUCAGCAAGUCACUGCUCAGAAGAUGGAGGUGUCCCAGCCUCGUAUCAACCAGCUCUCGGGUGUCUCCAUCCAUCUGCCACUCACCGUGUGGGUGGCACCAAUACGACGCCAGCGUGUUCCUCAGCACCACAGCCCAUCCUGCCCUCACAACCUCCCGCACCAGGACUCAUCCUGCACCUCCAGCGAUGCCAGUACCAUCCGGGCACAGGCGUUACCCAGCGCAGCCGGAGCUCCAGGGCUGCUGUCCCCACGGGUGCAGGACAAACUCGGGGCACAGCCCAGCCCCUGGGGAGAGAUGGUCCCAGCAGCCCUUGGGGGAUGUUGGGAAGAGGCAUCCCGAGCUCGGCCAGCGGCACGGCAGGGGCAGCUGUACGCUAACGAACCGCAAUAAACCCAACCCUUGGGCCUCCUGCCCAGCCCCUC